AAAAAUUUGUACAGUAUUGAGGUUUGAUAGGGGCAAAUUAUUUCAAAGGGGCCAAUAUGAAAUGAAGUAGAACUAGAAGGGCCAAUAUUGGAUUUAGAAUUAUAGCUCACUGUCACGCCCACGCAUUUCUGAUUUUAAGCUUGCAUUUUCCGAUGCCCUAAAACCAAAAUCAGAAAGCCACCGAUAAUGGCGAUCGCAUCGCCAUCUCCUCCGGCUCCGAGCUUUUCCACCUCUUCAUUUUGCUGCAAUCGGACCGACUCACUGACUCCUCCUCAUCCGUCUACGCGAUUCUCCAGAAUUCGAUUCCGACGAAUUCAAUUCCCAGCAACUCGGCCACUCACCGUCGUCUCUCGCCUCAAAGCUUCCUCCUCCUUAAACACGCCUUCCAACGGAUUCGAAUUUGACGGUGAUCUUCAGUACGAGCUCCAGCACGGUGGUGUGUCGACGCCGCAACACCACCGGCGUGGCUCGCCGGUCUUCGUUACGCUCCCGCUCGACGCUAUUAGCUCGUCCUCGGGGCAGAUGAAGAGGAGCAGAGCUAUGGCGCAGUCAUUUCGCGCUCUCGCGGCGGCCGGAGUGGAGGGGGUGGUGAUGGAGGUGUGGUGGGGGCUAGUGGAGAGAGAAUCACCUAGGGUUUACAAUUGGCAAGGGUAUUUGGAGAUUGUGCUUUUGGCGAAACGUUAUGGUUUGAAAGUUCGAGCUGUAAUGGCUUUUCAUCAAUGUGGUUCUGGCCCUGGCGAUCCUUUCUGGAUUUCCCUUCCUCAAUGGGUGCUCGAAGAGAUGGAUAGAAAUCCAGAUUUAGCUUACUCUGAUAGAUUUGGAAGAAGGAACAUGGAAUAUUUGUCUCUCGGAUGUGAUACUAUUCCUGUCCUUCGUGGAAGGUCACCAAUUCAAGUAUACACCGAUUUUAUGAGGAGCUUUCGAGAUAGUUUCAGACCAUUCCUUGGUGGCAUCAUAACGGGAGUUCAAGUUGGAUUAGGUCCUGCUGGUGAACUUAGAUAUCCUUCUUGCCCUUCUCAGAAGCUGACAUGGCCUUGGCGCUCUCGUGAGCUCGGUGAAUUCCAGUGCUAUGACAAGUAUAUGCUUGCUUCCCUGAAUGCUUGUGCCUCUGAACGGGGAGUACGCGAGUGGGCAAAUGGUGGACCUAUUGGUGCCAGCAAUUUGAUGCAUGACCCUGAAAGUACUGAAUUUUUCAAGAGUGACGGUUCGUGGAAUACACCCUAUGGGGAGUUCUUCCUUGAGUGGUAUUCAGGCCUUUUAAUUCUGCAUGGAGAUAGGAUUUGCAGUGAAGCAGAGACCAUAUUUCGGGGCACCAAAGUCAACAUGUCAGGGAAAGUGGCUGGAAUCCAUUGGCAUUAUGGCACUCAGUCUCAUGCAUCAGAGUUAACAGCCGGUUACUACAACACUUCUACAAAGGACGGGUACCUCCCAAUCGCUCGCAUGUUUGCUAGGUACGGUUUCACCAUGCGUUGUACGUGUUUCGAAAUGCAAGAUGUUGAGGAGCAGCAAAUGAACCCAGUGAGUAGUCCUGAAGGAUUUCUUAAACAGCUUCUGCUUGCCGCAAGGGCCUGUGACAUCCCCAUGGAAGGUGAGAACUUGGCAACUAAUCUGGAUGACGGAUCAUUUCAUCAGGUGUUGAAGAUGUCGAAACUCUUCUCUGAUGGUCUGGAGAGGCCGAGUUUUUCUUUCAACUUCAAUCGAAUGGACAAGAAUCUGUUUGAAUAUCAUAACUGGGUGAAUUUCACUCGAUUUGUCAGACAGAUGUCUGAUUUCAGUAUUUUUCGAGCCAAGCUAGAUUUUGGAGGUGGUGGAGCCACUACGACAGCUGUGUUAUCGUCUUCGUUUGGCAGUGGAGCCGUCUUUGCAUAUUAGAACGGUUCUGCUGUAUAUAUACUUGUAUACAUACAUUCAAACUGCUGCCUAGUGAUGAUGCCGUGUAUACCUAAGUAGGGCCUACUAAUUCAAUUGGUGUUAAUUCUAUAGAAUUUCUAUUUAGUUAAUUCUUAUGAAAUUUUUGGGAAGAAGAAUGGCGCCUUCCAAGUGUUUUAGAAAUGGUUGGCUGCAUUUAAAGCUCGUUGGAUUUUCAGUUCUUAGUUAACAGCAGUCCUAUUCAUGAUUGACGAGAGCUUUUAUGUUCACCAGUAUCGUAUUUUGC